AUGGCGGAGCGGAGUUCUCCCGCGGAGGCCGUCGGCCAGGUGUGCGCCUUCCUGUUCAGGAAGCCGGGGCGGAGGGGGCCCGCGGGCCGCAGGCAGCGCGGGGCGGGGGACCCCGAGCCCGGGGACAGCGGCGACGAAGGCAGCUGCGUGGUCCGCCCGGAGGGGAAGCGGGCCGCCCGCGGGCACAUGGUCCAGAAGACGCGCGGCGGGCCCCGGAGGGCGGCGGACUGCGCCUGGGGUCGCGAGGAGGAGGAGGCGGAGGAGAGCGGGGCGCCCCGCGUGGUCUACAAGUCCACCCGCUCCGCGAAGCCCGUGGGGCCCGAGGACAUGGGGGCGACCGCCGUGUCCGAGCCCGACCCCGAGAAGGAGCGGGCCGCCCGGGCCGCCUGUGCGCGCGGCCGGGAGCCGCGGGAGGAACCGAGGGGCGAGGAGGGCGGCCCGGUGUACCGGGGCCUCCGGGGCUACCAGCCGCGCCUGCGGCCCAAGGACGCGUGCGUGGGCACCGCCUCGCUGGGCCUGGUGCGCAAGGGCCCCCUCCGCGCGCCCGAGCACCUGCGCGCCACGGUGCGCUGGGACUACCAGCCCGACCUGUGCAAGGACUACAAGGAGACGGGCUUCUGCGGCUUCGGCGACAGCUGCAAGUUCCUGCACGACCGCUCCGACCACAAGCACGGCUGGCAGAUCGCGCGGGAGCUGGACGAGGGCCGCUACGGCGCCGCCGAGGGCGAGAGCUACGAGGUGGGCGGCGAGGCCCCGGAGGUGCCCUUCAGCUGCCUCAUCUGCCGCCAGCCCUUCCGGAGCCCCGUGGUCACCCGGUGCCGCCAUUACUUCUGCGAGCCCUGCGCGCUGCAGCGCUUCCGCACCACCCCGCGCUGCUACGUCUGCGACCAGCAGACCCACGGGGUCUUCAACCCGGCCAAGGAGCUGCUGGCCAAACUGCAGAAGCGCCCGGCGGCGGCGGAAGAGGACGGGGAAGCGACCGAGGGACAGGCCGGUGGGGGAGGCGGGUCCCGCAGAGAUGGCUUGUGA